AUGUCACAAUCCUAUCCAAAUAUUCAAUAUUACGAAACUGUGGCAGACAUUAAACUUUAUGAAUUUACGUGGAACUGUGUCGAAGUCCACACACGUAUUAUAACGUUACGUACAAGGAUGAUGAAACGGAAACACGUAUCACGAGUUCGUAUGAGAUCGCGGCGAAAUUCAUGCACGUAUUACGUGCGAGGAAGUUUAACAUAA